ACUAUUGUGCAGUUCUACACUCAGAGGGGUGAAAGGAUUUUUCACAGAUCUUAAUGAGAAAUCUGUGGGGGAAUUUCCUAUGAAAGUACUGGAAAAUAACUUGUCUAUUAAUAACCUAGACCACAGGAGGUGAGAGUAUUUGUGAACUUCAGUGGAUAAUAUGUGAAUACUGUAGAGACAGAGGGAUGGAAACUGAGGCUUGCCUAUAUACUUCGUAAUGCAGCAGCAGUAACUUGAAGCUAUCGUGAAUAUAGUAUCUGCUGCAAGGAAAUAACAGUGGAGGAGAGUUUGCAGGGGGGAAAAGAAACAGCAGAAUAAGAAACAGCAGAAUAAGAAAGAAAAUGGUUGAUGAUGCAAUUUUAUUCUAUUGAUUUAACAGCCCAUUCAGAGCGAGGGCUGUGAGACUACGACAACCUGUCCCUAGUGUAAUGUCAAUGUCGGCUAUCACUUUGGCAGAAUCAGCCAGCUCAGUGAAGACUAAAAGAGUCCCUCCUCCUGUUUUUUCAUCUGCUGGUGGCAUUCAAAGUGACCUUGCCUUGUAAAUAUUGAUUACUGAUACUUAAACAUCUGUGAGUUUUUUCCCAAGAGAUGAACAACAGUUGAUUCAAUCUGGUAGAAAGAUUACUCUGCUGAGAUGAGCUCUUAAUUAAUGCACAGAGAGCCUGAAAGUCCCACCUCUCAACAGUGAUGAUUGACAUUCAAGGAUACAUAAAUUACACUAAUUGAGCUCUGCAUCAAUACAGUCUUUCCACAGCCAACUCAUCAGAGAAGAUUUCUGGAUUGUUUGUGUCCUGCUGGAGUAAAACCGUUGUAUUAAACUCAGAAAACAAAGAGCUCGUGAGUGAAGAAAGAAGAAAAGUGCUGGGUGCGUGGUGCGUUUCCUGGCGCCGCUGCUGGGAUACUGAGAGCAGGCGGAGAAGAGACAGAGCGAGCUUGGCAGCCCUGGGCGGACAUAAAUUAAAUGUAGAGAAGAGUUUCAAAUAAGCUGGGCUGAUGUGCAUACAGAAGGAAUGAAGUAUGGAUGUGAAAGAACGUAGGCCUUAUUGCUCCCUGACAAAGAGCAGAAGAGACAAAGAACGACGUUACACAAAUUCUUCAGCAGAAAAUGAGGAGUGCAGAGUGCCUACACAGAAGUCAUACAGUUCAAGUGAAACCCUGAAAGCUUUUGAUCAUGAUUCCUCCAGGUUGUUGUAUGGAAACCGGGUGAAGGACUUAGUCCACAGGGAAGCAGAUGAGUAUACCAGGCAAGGACAGAAUUUUACCCUAAGGCAGUUAGGAGUUUGUGAACCAGCAACUCGUCGUGGACUGGCAUUUUGUGCGGAAAUGGGGCUCCCCCACAGAGGUUACUCUAUCAGUGCAGGGUCAGAUGCUGAUACUGAAAAUGAAGGAGUGAUGUCUCCAGAGCAUGCCAUGAGACUUUGGGGCAGGGGGGUCAAAUCAGGGCGCAGUUCCUGUCUAUCAAGCCGUUCCAACUCAGCCCUCACUCUGACUGAUACUGAACAUGAAAACAAGUCCGACAGUGAGAAUGGUCCUCCCAUGCCAUCCUCUUCAUCUAGUCCAUCCGUCAUUGAACAUUUACAUUCCCUUCCUCCAUCACCCAAUCUCCAUGACAACCAGAGGUGGUUGCUAAGUACUAAUGCCAUCCAGCCAGUUCAGGACUCUGAUACAGAUGAGGACUAUACUGCCAGCACUUAUCUAGUACAGACUGGUACUGUUUCAGUUUGUCCCCCAGAUCAUGAGCAACCGCCAAAUAACCAAGGCCAGUCGACCCUGCAACCUUUGCCACCUUCUCACAAGCAGCAUUCUGCACAGCAUCAUCCAUCUAUCACCUCCCUUAACAGAAACUCAUUGACAAAUAGGAGGAAUCAGAGUCCGGCCCCGCCGGCUGCUUUGCCCGCCGAGCUGCAAACCACACCUGAGUCGGUCCAGCUGCAGGACAGCUGGGUCCUUGGCAGUAAUGUGCCACUGGAAAGCAGAAAAUUAGGAAAUCAAGCAGUUCUUGCAAAUGGUCAUGACAGCCUUAUAGAGAUGGAUGUGUUUACUCCAACAUGCCACGAUAACAGUUAUGGGGAUGGGCAUUUCUUAUUCAAAACAGGAACAGGGACAACACCACUGUUCAGUACUGCAACACCAGGUUACACAAUGGCAUCUGGGUCAGUUUAUUCCCCCCCUACUCGGCCACUACCUAGAAAUACACUAUCAAGAAGUGCUUUUAAAUUCAAGAAGUCUUCAAAGUACUGUAGCUGGAAAUGUACUGCACUCUGUGCUGUAGGAGUCUCAGUGCUACUGGCAAUACUGCUAUCCUACUUUAUAGCAAUGCAUCUCUUUGGCCUCAACUGGCAGUUACAACAGACUGAAAAUGACACAUUUGAGAAUGGAAAGGUGAAUUCUGAUACCAUGCCAACAAACACUGUAUCGUUACCUUCUGGCGAAAAUGUAAAAUUAGGGGGAUUUGCACAAGAAAACAACACUAUAGAUUCUGGAAAACUCGAUAUAGGCCGAAGAGCAAUACAAGAGGUUCCUCCAGGGAUCUUCUGGAGAUCACAGCUCUUCAUUGAUCAGCCACAGUUUCUAAAAUUCAAUAUCUCCCUUCAGAAAGAUGCAUUGAUUGGAGUAUAUGGCCGAAAAGGCUUACCCCCAUCACAUACCCAGUAUGACUUUGUGGAACUCCUCGAUGGUAGCAGAUUGAUCGCAAGAGAACAGCGCAACCUGCUUGAGUCAGAGAGAGCAGGCCGACAGACAAGGUCUAUCAAUCUCCAUGAGGCUGGUUUUAUCCAGUAUUUGGAUUCUGGAAUCUGGCAUCUGGCUUUUUAUAAUGAUGGGAAAAAUGCAGAGCAGGUGUCUUUUAAUACCAUUGUUAUAGAGUCUGUAGUGGAAUGCCCCCGAAAUUGCCAUGGAAACGGAGAGUGUGUUUCUGGAUCAUGCCAUUGUUUUCCUGGAUUUCUGGGCCCUGAUUGUUCAAGAGCAGCCUGCCCAGUAUUGUGUAGUGGCAACGGGCAGUAUUCCAAAGGGCGCUGUCUCUGUUUCAGCGGUUGGAAGGGUACAGAGUGUGAUGUGCCUACCACCCAGUGUAUUGAUCCUCAAUGUGGGGGCCGUGGGAUCUGUAUCAUGGGCUCUUGUGUAUGCAACUCUGGGUACAAAGGAGAAAACUGUGAAGAAGCUGAUUGCUUAGACCCAGCCUGUUCCAGUCAUGGUGUGUGUAUCCAUGGAGAGUGCCACUGUAAUCCAGGAUGGGGUGGUAGCAACUGUGAAAUACUGAAGACAAUGUGUCCAGACCAGUGCUCUGGUCAUGGGACGUACCUUCAAGAAAGUGGUACCUGCACUUGUGACCCUAAUUGGACAGGUGCAGAUUGCUCAAAUGAAAUCUGUUCUGUGGACUGUGGGUCUCAUGGUGUUUGCAUGGGUGGAACAUGUCGUUGUGAAGAAGGUUGGACUGGACCAGCCUGCAAUCAAAGAGCCUGCCACCCUCGCUGUGCUGAACAUGGAACCUGUAAAGAUGGGAAGUGUGAAUGUAGCCAGGGAUGGAAUGGAGAGCACUGUACUAUUGAGGGCUGCCCUGGUCUGUGCAAUAGCAAUGGAAGAUGUACAUUGGACCAAAAUGGUUGGCAUUGUGUUUGCCAGCCAGGAUGGAGAGGAGCAGGAUGUGAUGUAGCCAUGGAAACUCUGUGCACUGAUAGCAAGGACAAUGAAGGAGAUGGAUUAAUUGACUGCAUGGAUCCCGACUGCUGCUUGCAGAGUUCCUGCCAAAAUCAGCCCUAUUGUCGUGGAUUGCCUGAUCCCCAAGAUAUCAUUAGCCAAAGCCAACAAUCACCAUCUCAGCAAGCUGCCAAAUCUUUUUAUGACCGGAUCAGUUUUCUUACAGGGCCAGAUAGUACCCAUGUGAUACCUGGAGAAAGUCCUUUCAAUAAGAGCCUUGCAUCUGUCAUCAGGGGCCAAGUAUUAACUGCCGAUGGAACGCCACUCAUUGGAGUUAAUGUCUCUUUUUUACAUUAUCCAGAAUAUGGUUACACAAUCACUCGCCAAGAUGGAAUGUUUGAUUUGGUGGCAAAUGGUGGUGCAUCUCUAACUCUGGUGUUUGAACGAUCACCAUUCCUCACACAGUAUCACACAGUGUGGAUUCCAUGGAAUGUCUUUUAUGUCAUGGAUACCCUGGUCAUGAAGAAGGAAGAGAAUGACAUUCCCAGCUGUGAUCUGAGUGGAUUUGUGAGGCCAAACCCUGUCAUUGUGUCAUCACCUUUAUCCACCUUCUUUAGGAUUUCUCCUGAAGACAGUCCCAUUAUCCCUGAGACACAGGUACUUCAUGAAGAGACUACAAUCCCAGGAACUGAUUUGAAAUUAUCAUACUUAAGCUCCAGAGCUGCAGGAUAUAAAUCAGUUCUUAAGAUCACGAUGACUCAGUCUGUUAUACCAUUUAACUUAAUGAAGGUUCAUCUUAUGGUGGCAGUGGUGGGAAGACUCUUUCAGAAAUGGUUCCCUGCAUCCCCAAAUCUGGCUUACACUUUCAUAUGGGAUAAAACCGAUGCAUACAACCAGAAGGUCUAUGGCUUAUCUGAAGCUGUUGUGUCUGUAGGUUAUGAAUACGAGUCUUGUUUGGAUCUAACUCUCUGGGAAAAGCGGACUGCCAUUUUGCAGGGAUAUGAAUUGGAUGCCUCUAACAUGGGUGGUUGGACAUUGGAUAAACAUCAUGUGUUAGAUGUUCAGAAUGGUAUCCUCUACAAAGGAAAUGGUGAAAAUCAAUUUAUUUCUCAGCAACCUCCAGUUGUUAGUAGCAUCAUGGGCAAUGGACGAAGACGCAGCAUCUCAUGCCCAAGUUGCAACGGCCAAGCUGAUGGUAAUAAACUACUAGCUCCGGUAGCAUUAGCUUGUGGGAUAGAUGGCAGCCUGUACAUAGGGGAUUUCAACUAUGUUCGGCGGAUAUUCCCAUCUGGAAACGUCACUAGUGUUCUUGAACUAAGCAGCAACCCAGCUCACAGAUACUACCUUGCAACUGACCCAGUCACAGGAGAUUUGUAUGUUUCUGACACUAACACACGCAGGAUCUAUCGUCCAAAGUCACUCACUGGUGCAAAAGACCUGACAAAAAAUGCUGAUGUAGUAGCAGGAACUGGAGAACAGUGCCUUCCAUUUGAUGAGGCAAGAUGUGGUGAUGGAGGCAAGGCUAUGGAAGCAACGCUCAUGAGUCCCAAAGGACUGGCAAUUGACAAGAAUGGAUUAAUCUACUUUGUUGAUGGGACCAUGAUUAGAAAAGUGGAUCAAAAUGGAAUAAUAUCAACUUUGCUUGGCUCUAAUGAUCUAACCUCAGCACGACCUCUAACAUGUGACACUAGCAUGCACAUCAGCCAGGUACGUCUGGAAUGGCCCACAGACUUGGCUAUCAAUCCAAUGGAUAACUCCAUUUAUGUUUUGGAUAACAAUGUGGUUUUGCAGAUCACUGAAAAUCGUCAGGUCCGUAUUGCUGCUGGGAGACCAAUGCACUGCCAAGUGCCUGGCGUGGAGUACUCUGUCGGAAAGCAUGCUGUACAGACCACUUUAGAAUCAGCAACAGCUAUUGCAGUGUCCUACAGUGGGGUACUUUACAUUACAGAAACUGAUGAAAAAAAGAUUAACAGAAUAAGGCAGGUUACAACUGAUGGAGAGAUCUCGUUAGUUGCUGGAAUACCAUCAGAGUGUGAUUGCAAAAAUGAUGUUAACUGUGACUGUUACCAAAGCGGUGAUGGCUAUGCUAAAGAUGCCAAACUUAAUGCCCCUUCCUCCUUGGCUGUGUCUCCAGAUGGUACAUUGUACAUUGCUGAUCUUGGAAAUAUUCGGAUACGAGCUGUGUCAAAGAACAAGCCCUUGCUGAAUUCAGUGAACUUUUAUGAAGUUGCUUCUCCAACUGAUCAAGAGCUCUAUAUCUUCGAUGUUAAUGGUACUCACCAAUACACUAUGAGUCUAGUCACUGGAGACUAUCUGUACAAUUUUAGCUACAGUAACGAUAAUGAUAUUACAGCAGUAACGGAUAGCAAUGGAAAUACACUUCGUAUCAGACGGGAUCCCAAUCGGAUGCCAGUGAGAGUGGUGUCUCCUGAUAACCAAGUGAUUUGGUUGACUAUAGGCACCAAUGGAUGCCUGAAAAGCAUGACUGCCCAAGGUCAAGAGCUUGUUUUAUUUACUUAUCAUGGCAACAGUGGGCUUCUGGCAACUAAAAGUGAUGAGACUGGAUGGACUACAUUUUUUGACUAUGACAGUGAGGGUCGUCUCACAAAUGUUACGUUUCCAACUGGAGUGGUCACUAACCUUCAUGGGGAAAUGGAAAGGGCCAUUACAGUGGACAUUGAAUCAUCUAGCAGAGAGGAAGAUGUCAGCAUUACUUCAAACUUAUCAUCAGUUGAUUCUUUCUAUACCAUGGUUCAAGAUCAGUUAAGGAACAGCUACCAGAUUGGCUAUGAUGGCUCCCUCAGAAUUAUCUAUGCCAGUGGCAUGGAUUCACACUACCAAACAGAACCGCAUGUUUUAGCUGGCACAGCCAAUCCAACAGUAGCAAAAAGAAACAUGACUCUUCCAGGAGAGAAUGGUCAGAACUUAGUAGAAUGGAGAUUCCGAAAAGAACAAGCCCAGGGAAAAGUCAAUGUGUUUGGCCGAAAGCUAAGGGUUAAUGGCAGAAACCUCCUUUCAGUCGACUUUGAUCGAACCACAAAGACAGAAAAGAUCUAUGAUGACCACCGUAAAUUUCUGCUGAGGAUUGCCUACGACACAUCAGGGCAUCCAACUCUCUGGCUGCCAAGCAGCAAGCUGAUGGCUGUCAAUGUUACCUAUUCAUCUACAGGUCAAAUUGGCAGUAUUCAGCGAGGAACCACUAGUGAAAAAGUAGACUAUGAUGGGCAGGGAAGGAUUGUAUCUAGAGUAUUUGCUGAUGGAAAAACUUGGAGUUACACCUAUCUGGAAAAGUCAAUGGUCCUCCUGCUUCAUAGCCAACGGCAGUACAUCUUUGAAUAUGAUCUGUUGGAUCGGCUUUCUGCCAUCACCAUGCCCAGCGUUGCUCGUCAUACCAUGCAAACCAUUCGUUCCAUUGGCUAUUACCGGAACAUAUACAACCCCCCUGAAAGCAACGCCUCCGUUAUCAUGGACUACAAUGAAGAGGGACAGCUCCUUCAAACAGCUUUCUUGGGUACAAGCCGAAGAGUCUUGUUCAAAUACAGAAGGCAGACGAAGCUCUCAGAAAUUUUGUAUGAUAGUACAAGAGUCAGUUUUACUUAUGAUGAGACAGCAGGUGUUCUGAAAACAGUAAACCUCCAGAGUGAUGGUUUUAUCUGCACCAUUAGAUACAGGCAAAUCGGCCCACUGAUUGACAGGCAGAUUUUCCGCUUUAGUGAAGAUGGAAUGGUAAAUGCUCGAUUUGACUACAGCUAUGACAAUAGCUUCAGAGUGACUAGCAUGCAAGGUGUCAUCAAUGAAACCCCGUUGCCUAUUGAUCUCUACCAGUUUGACGAUAUCUCUGGUAAAGUUGAGCAGUUUGGAAAAUUUGGAGUUAUAUAUUAUGAUAUUAACCAGAUAAUUUCCACAGCUGUAAUGACUUACACAAAACACUUUGAUGCUCAUGGCCGCAUCAAAGAAAUUCAGUAUGAAAUCUUUAGGUCACUAAUGUACUGGAUUACAAUUCAGUACGAUAACAUGGGGCGAGUGACUAAAAGAGAAAUUAAAAUUGGGCCAUUUGCCAACACCACCAAAUAUGCUUAUGAAUAUGAUGUUGAUGGUCAGCUCCAGACAGUUUAUCUAAAUGAAAAAAUCAUGUGGCGAUACAACUAUGAUUUAAAUGGCAACCUCCAUUUGCUCAACCCUAGUAACAGUGCCCGUUUGACCCCACUUCGCUAUGACCUGAGAGACAGAAUCACUCGACUAGGCGAUGUUCAGUACCGAUUAGAUGAGGAUGGAUUCCUGCGUCAGAGGGGUACUGAGAUCUUUGAAUACAGCUCAAAGGGCCUUCUCACUAGAGUUUACAGCAAAGGCAGUGGGUGGACAGUGAUAUACCGUUACGAUGGGCUAGGACGACGGGUUUCCAGUAAAACUAGCCUCGGACAACACCUCCAGUUUUUUUAUGCAGACCUUACUUAUCCAUCCAGGAUAACUCAUGUAUAUAACCAUUCAAGCUCUGAGAUCACUUCUCUUUACUAUGACCUGCAAGGGCACCUUUUUGCCAUGGAGAUUAGUAGUGGGGAUGAGUUUUAUAUUGCCUCAGACAACACUGGGACACCACUGGCUGUUUUUAGUAGCAACGGUCUGAUGCUUAAACAAAUUCAGUACACUGCUUAUGGCGAGAUCUAUUUUGACUCCAACCUUGACUUUCAGUUGGUAAUAGGAUUCCACGGAGGCUUGUAUGACCCAUUGACUAAACUAGUCCAUUUUGGAGAAAGAGAUUAUGACAUAUUGGCAGGCCGCUGGACUACACCUGACAUUGAAAUCUGGAAAAGAAUUGGGAAGGAUCCAGCUCCUUUUAACCUCUACAUGUUUAGGAAUAACAAUCCAGCCAGUAAAAUACAUGAUGUGAAAGAUUAUAUCACAGAUGUUAACAGCUGGCUGGUGACAUUUGGCUUCCAUCUGCACAAUGCCAUACCUGGUUUCCCUGUUCCCAAAUUUGAUUUAACAGAGCCUUCGUAUGAACUUGUGAAGAGUCAGCAAUGGGACGAUAUACCACCAAUUUCUGGAGUGCAACAACAAGUGGCAAGGCAAGCGAAGGCUUUCCUGUCCCUGGGAAAGUUGGCAGAAGUUCAAAUCAGUAGACCCAAAUCAAGUGGAGAGAAGUCAUGGCUGUGGUUUGCGACAGUGAAGUCUCUGAUUGGGAAAGGGGUUAUGCUUGCUGUCAGUCAAGGGAAAGUGCUGACUAAUGUGCUCAACAUUGCAAAUGAGGACUGCAUAAAAGUGGCAGCUGUUCUGAACAAUGCCUACUACCUGGAGAACUUGCAUUUCACCAUUGAGGGGAAGGACACUCACUAUUUCAUCAAGACCACCUCCCCGGAGAGCGAUCUCGGCACCUUGAGGCUGACAAGUGGGCGCAAAGCCCUGGAAAAUGGCAUCAACGUAACCGUUUCCCAGUCCACCACAGUGGUGAAUGGCAGGACUCGUAGGUUUGCCGAUGUCGAAAUGCAGUAUGGUGCGUUAGCUCUUCACGUCCGCUACGGAAUGACGCUCGAUGAGGAGAAGGCACGAAUACUGGAGCAGGCUAGGCAAAGAGCUCUGUCCAAUGCCUGGGCUAGGGAACAACAAAGAGUAAGAGAUGGAGAGGAAGGUGCCAGGUUAUGGACCGAAGGGGAAAAGAGGCAGCUGCUAAGUGCUGGAAAGGUACAAGGAUAUGAUGGGUACUAUGUACUCUCUGUGGAGCAAUACCCUGAAUUAGCAGACAGUGCUAACAAUAUACAGUUCCUUAGACAAAGUGAGAUAGGAAAGAGGUAACACACUGGCUUAGCUGAGGCUGCCAAAGAGACUGACUGUGUAUCAGUGUCUUCUGAAAGGGAGAUGAAACUGUUUUGCUGCAUUACUACUUGAGCCUAAACUUAUACCUUUGCUCAGAUUUUGCUGUAGCACAAUCUGACUAGACUCUACAAAGAAGAGAGAGCCUUCCAGAAGAAUGAUACUGCUAAAAACAAAACUUUUUUUCUGAAUGACCUUAAAGGUGAUCUGCUUUAAAGAAUAUGUUUACAUAUGCAUAUCGCUGCACUCAAGUUGGACUGAAAGUAUUAAAAAAAGGCCUAAAGAUUUUGCAACAGGCUGUCUGUUCCUUUGAACACUGUAUUUAACUACAAUACAGAUCCAUACAGUGUUUCCAAAUAUUACCGAAUUGUUGACCUUUUGCUUACAAGAAGUAAUCUCUUUCUUUCUUUCUUUCUUUCUCUCUCUCUCUCUCUCUCUCUGCAUAGGAUGUGGUAUAUAGCUCUGUUCAUUUUAAAAUGUGGGGCAGAAAUUAUUGUUUAUAGACAACCCAACUGCUUUAAAUUGUGCUGCUUUCUAAAAGGACAUUGGCACAAUGACUUAUGCUACCAUGUGAAUUUAAUAAUGGAUUUUACAAUGCUAACAUGGUUUGCCUCGGGGGGCAAAAUGGCAAAUAGAAUCCUUGUCACAGAUAAGCAAAGGAAACCCUGAUUUUUUUUGUAAAUUAUGUGAGACAAGUUGUUUAUGGAUUUUUAUAUGAAUUACAAUUUACUGUACAUCAAAUAUUAGUCUCAGAGGAGUUAAUUUAUGUAAAGUGUUUAAAAAAGUUUAUACUUAAAAAUAAAAUGAUAAAAACAUGUGCUGUGUGUGAUUUUUUUAAAAAAAGAAUUGCACCUUUGUUAUGUUAUAGCUGUACAGUAUAAAGGAUUAUAUUGUAGAGAUAUAACAAUGUAUGACUAAUGUCCAGAAGUGUUAAUAUUUUUGUAUUAGGUUUAAAACUGUGCAUCUGUCUAUCACUUUGCUGAUAGGAUGGAGCAUUCCCAAGUGGCUGGCUAAUCAGACAACUCCCUUUCCUGUCGCCCAAGCCAGUGCAGCUUCAUCAAUCACUGCUAGAAGGCACAGUAACCAAAUAAGGCUUGUUUAUUAUGAUGGAAGUCUUUAAUAGGUUGGGUUUUUCUUGCCUUCUCCUGGCCCCAAUGUAAUAAAUGGACAUUUCUUCAUAAAAAGUGGGGUUUCUGUUGUUUGCUUUUUUUAUGUGGGCUUAGAAGCUACAUUACGCAAUGGAAAGAAUAGUGUCUCAGGUGCUUGGCAAAUGUAUGUAGAAGAUGAUAUGAUGUAGUCUCAUCCAGUUUAUGUCAACUUUGUCUUCUGUAUAAUACAGCUGUUUUAAAUGUAUACUUUUAAGAAAGAGGAAAGCUAGCAAUGAUUAGAUGCUACAGAGUUUCUGUUUAGAAGGGUAAGCCAUUGAGUGGGUUAGUGCCCUGGCCUUGGGCUUCCAAGUCAAACCCUGUUACUCUGAAAACUGAACAGGAACUGGGGGUGAGAUGGGGAUGAAUAUCCUAGUGCCUAGUCAUAUCAGAAAACCACCACACAAUGUGGCAUGCUGUGCUCCCAAUAAAGGUCCAUUGAAUUGGUUGCAGGACAGCACUGAGGUGUGCACACAGUUCCAGGUAGGCGGCUUGCACAGCACCUCCGAUCUGUGCGCCAUUUCUUGGCUCAAGCCAUUCUCAGCUCUUUAAGCACCAAAUUCAGCCACAAAAAAAGUAUUUUUAAGGCAAGACAAAAUUGGGUUUUUUUAUUUUCAUUGAACUAUACAUGGUAUUUCUAUCUAUGUAUGAUAAUGUCAAAACAUAGCAAGUGAAUAUGUCUUAAAUAUGAACGGUUCGUGUGGAUGUAAGAAAAAUAGUUUUCUAAUUGAUUUGUAUACUGAGAUUCUAUAGUAUUACAUACUCUAAAUUGCACAGCAGGAUUGUUUGAUAAACAGAUUGGCUGGGAGAGAUUCAAACUAGCUACAGAACUAAUUACACUUUUAAUGAAUUCUGCUCUUUUAUUAGACUGAAAGCACAGAUUAGUUAAUAUUUUUUACCCUUGAAGUUCUGAGGACCCUAAAUUUAGAAACUAUGAUACGUCAGCCCCCAAAGGAGUGGUCUGGUUUAGCAUUUUACAGUUUUAAUCUAAAAUGUAAAGUGUUUGCAGUUCUGUUGGGUGGCUCUGUCACAGCACUCUAUCUAGCAUGAUGCAAGUGCUCUCUGUUGAAAUAGGCUCAUAUUCUUAAUUAUAUCAAAUGUUUCUGUUCUGUUUCAGUAUGAAAAGCUUGUAUAACAUGUCAGAAUUGAAAUAUACCUUCUACUUGACUUGUACUAGUUUCUUCUCCUUUGUUUGGGCACCAAUAAAUAACAAAUUUAUAGUAUCUGUUGGUGAUCAUUCUAGAUAAAGUCAAAUCAAGCCAAUUAGUGGCCUUGUUAGUAAGUAUAAUGAGCCUAUUUCUUGCUAAAAAGACUUGUGAUCUGGAUAUGCUCCUGCAGGAAAUAGUGACCUUGGGGAAUAUGUAAACAAAAGACCAUUUUUUUAAAGAAAAACUGUAUAAUUAAAAGAAGUAGCUUACAGCAAAGAAAAUGAGAUUCAACGUAUUUUAGGCGAAGCCAGUCAAAAUGCUUUCAUGAUAUUUUGAGAUGUAAAUUUUGUCUGAUUUGUAUUGGUCUUUUAAUUUGCCUUCUGAACUUUAUAUGUGUCCUGAAUUUUCCACAAAUUAAUGACUAUAGAUUGCAUUUAGGCUUUCCAAUAAAAGCCAACCCAACGUG